AUGGCGGCGGGUGAGGGCAGUGUUGUUCCACCGCCUAGGCAGCGGAACACCGCGCCCAGAGUUAGGAAGGUGGGGAGUCGGAUUUAUGAUUCCGUCAAUGGGAAGACUUGCCAUCAGUGUCGGCAAAAGACCCUAGAUCUUGUGGUAGCAUGCAAGUUUCAGAGGAUCAGCAAACGAUGCCCCAUUAUGUACUGUCACAAGUGUCUCUGGAACAGAUACGGCGAGAGGGCUGAGGAAGUAGCGGGUUUGGAGCAGUGGACUUGCCCCAAAUGCAGGGCCAUUUGCAACUGCAGCUUUUGCAUGAGAAAAAGAAAUGAAGAUCCCACUGGUAUUGCCGCAAAGAAAGCAAAAGCUAAGGGAUUUUCCUCAGUAGCUGAAAUGCUUCUUAAAACGACGCCCCAAGAGAGAGCUGCUGAAAAGGCCCAUUUGUCCGGAGAGGGUUCUACCUCUGGCGAGAAGAAGUCAAGUGACCCUAAUACUCGUCAGAAAAGAAAGCCAGAUUGUGGUACAAAACAUGAACCUGAAGGGAAUGGUUCAUGUGCUCUUUCUGUGCCAGAGGGAGAAGUGGUGAGCAGUGUGGGUGGAGUUGACUUACCCACAGAAGAUGCCGGGAAUGCCAUUCAGUUCAUGCAAUUUUGUGCUACAUAUGGCGAGGUCUUGGAUAUUAAAGAGGAGCAAGCAAAACAUAUUCUUCAAGAUAUCUAUAAUGUGAUAACUGGACGUGAAGGAAAUACUUCUCCAAACGUCCUGUUUCAUAUUAACCUCCUCUCUCAUUUACUGGAGCAUCAGGGGGAAGAAUCUGUAGAAAUCAGCCCAUCAGAUGGGGAGAACUCCUGGUUUGAUGCGCUCAAGGAAUUCUUGUCUGCAUCUCAAAGUGUUCUCAAAUCACAGAGAAUUGAUUCUCUUGAGAACACAGAUGAUUACGACACUUUCACUGCUUCGGAAAAGCUUAGGCUUUUAAACAUUCUCUGUGAUGAAGCCCUUGCAACCGAAAAAUUGAGGAGUUGGAUGGAAGAAGAUAAUGCAAAACUUGCCAGCAAGGUCAAGGAAGCUAAACGAAGAAUUAAUGCAGCAAUGGAUAUGGAGAAGCAGUUGAAGCGGAAAAUGAAAGAUGAUAUUGCCCAAGCAAUUUCUGACAAAGAGGAUUCCCCGCUUUCAAUUUCGGAGCAUGAAGCCGUUGUUUCUGUUACCAAAUCUGAGAUGGAGCUGGCUCGGGCUGAGGUCCUCGAGUCAAAGGCCAUGCUUCCAAAGAAAACUAAAAAUUCAGAUGCUGUAAGAACUGAGCCAAUACUGGUUGGCUCUGGUGGCCAUGUGUACUGGAAAUUGAACUGUUUGGAGGAUUCGGAAGUUCUGCAUCAAAAUAUUGGAAAUGGGGAUUCUCUUACCUUGGACGAGAAAUGGUUCACCAUUAACGAUGAAGGGAAAGAAGCCGUUGAAAAGCAUGCUGCUUAUGCAAGUAAUCAGAUCUUGUUUGUAUUCACAAAGAAGUAUGUUCUCUGCAGCAGCAUGAAGCGAAGAAGGCCAAGGAGGAAUCUGAAGAGGAAGGAUGCUGAUGCUUCUGUUCCAAGCUCGGACCGGAGUCUGUUCCGAAGGAGUGGAAUGUCCAACUAUAAGGUAUUGGGUCGCCUCGAAUUGGGAAAGUUGCUCAUGGAGACACUUGCAAAAUUGGCUGUUUGUAUUUGUCGCCCUUGGCAAAUUCGAUCAGUUAUCUUCAUAUGGAUCCCCUUGAUGGUGUCUGCUGAUCUAUGUCGGCAAAAGACCCUGGAUCUUGUGGUAGCAUGCAAGUUUCAGAGGAUCAACAAACCAUGCCCGAUUAUGUACUGUCAUAAGUGUCUGUGGAACAGAUAUGGCGAGAGGGGGGAGGAAGUAGCGGGUUUGGAGCAGUGGACUUGCCCCAAAUGCAGGGGCAUUUGCAACUGCAGCUUUUGCAUGAAAAAAAGAAAUGAAGAUCCCACUGGUAUUGCUGCCAAGAAAGCAAAAGCUAGGGGAUUUUCUUCAGUCGCUGAAAUGCUACUUAAAACAACACACCAAGAGAGAGCUGCUGAAAAGGCCCGUUUGUCCGGAGAGGGUUGUACCUCUGGCGAGAAGCAGCCAAAUGAGACUAAUAAUACUCAUCAAAAAAGAAAGCUAGAUUCUGGUAAAAAACAUGAAUAUGAAGGGAAUGGUUCAUGUGAUCUUCCCUUGCCAGAGGGAGAAGCGGUGGGCAGUGUGGGUGGAGUUGAUGUACCCACAGAAGAUGCCGGGAAUGCAAUUCAGUUCAUGUCAUUUUGUUCUACUUUUGGCGAGGUCUUUGAUGUUAACAAGAAGCAAGCUGAACUUAUUCUUCGAGACAUCUAUAAUGUGACAACUGGAUGCAAAGGAGAAUUUUCUCCAAAUAUCCACUUUCAUAUUAACCUCCUCUCUCAUCUACUGGAGGAUCAGGGAAAAGAAUCUGUAGAAAUCAGCCCAUCAGAUGGGGAGAACUCCUGGUUUGAUGCGCUCAAGGAAUUCUUGUCUGCAUCACAAAGUGUUCUCAAAUCACAGAGAAUUGAUUCUCUUGAGAACACAGAUGAUUACGACACUUUCACUGCUUCGGAAAAGCUUAGGCUUUUAAACAUUCUCUGUGAUGAAGCUCUCGUAACUGAAAAAGUGAGGAGUUGGAUUUUAGAAAAUAAUGCAAAACUUACCAGCAAGGUAAAGGAAGCUAAAGAAAAAAUUAAUGCUGCAAUGGAGAAGGAGAAGCAGCUGAAGCAGAAAAUGAAAGACGAUAUUGCCCAAGCAAUAUCUGCCAAGGGGGGUGCCCUGCUUUCAAUUGCUGAGCGUAAAGCCACUGUUUCUGGUACCAAAUCUGAGUUGGAGCAGGCUCGGGCUGAGGUCCUCGAGUCGAAGGCCAUGCUUCCAAAGGAAACUAAGAAUUCAGAUGCUGUAAGAACUGAGCCAAUACUGGUUGGAUCUGGAGGCCAUGUGUACUGGAAAUUGAACUGUUUGGGGGAUUCGGAAGUGCUGCAUCAAAAUAUUGGAAAUGGGGAUUCCCUUACUUUAGACGAGAAAUGGUUCACCAUUAAUGGCGAAGGGAAAGAAGUCAUUGAAAAGAACAUUGCUUAUGCAAGCAGCAUCAAGCGAAGAAGGCUGAGGGGGAACCUGAGGAGGAAGGAUGCAGAUGGAGAUGGUUGAGUUCCAGUCCAGUUGAAGAAUGUAGCUGAAUGAUAUAAUUGAAUCAAAUAACCAAAUGAGGAAUGGAUGUAGGUGAAAUGUGGAUCUGAGUAGGAUGUCUGAGUGAUGAUCCAAAUCCACCAUAUGAACUCCUCUUUUGGGUGGGUGAGGAAGCUAAGGCAUCUCAAUCUCAAUCUCAAUCUCAUCUUAUCUCCUUAAUUAAUGCUUGUGAAGUUCAUUUGGUUGGGAGUGACUGACUGACUAUACAUAAGGCAUUGUUGCCAUUGGCAUUGGUUGGCAGCUAAUGAAGUGAAGAUGAAUGUGGAGAAACUAAUGAAGAUGGCUGGCUACUUCACAAGACUGACUGACUGACUGACAAGGGCCUUCAGAGCACUUUAAAGAGAAGAGAAUCCAAGUGAAUA